CCUGAGGCUGUUAGGAAUGGUGGGAGUUGAAGUCCAAAAUACCAGGAGGAAAGGUCCAAGUUGGCCACAAUGUAACCCCGAUGUAACUACUGGAAGUGGUCUAAAUCCUGGCCUAGGGAGAAGCGAGGGAGCAGCUGCACCCCCCGAGAAAGACCCAAGUUCUCCUUUCCACUCAUUUCCCUCUUGCGACUUCCAUCAGGAUCCGGAAGUGUACAUCGCGAAGAAUGAUCCCACCGCUCUUUACCUUCCAGCCACUUUGAGAUGUUGUUUUUCGCGCUCAUGACCCCGGAAGCGAUUGCUUGGGAGGAUAGUUAAAUAGACCUCGCUCGUGUUUGGAGUUCGGGAUGAAAUAAACCAAGGCGUGCAGUUGGCUGUUGUGCUAGUUCCACAGUGCAUCUCAUGGCCAUGCUGGGCAAACGAGAGGUGCAGGAGAAAGUGCUCCAAUAUGAGGCUUUUGUCAGUGAUAUCCUUCAGAGGGAUCUCCAGAAGGUGCUAGAACAGCGAGAUGAAGUCUAUGAAAAGAUUGCUCAGUACUUGCAACUCAAGAACAUGAUCGAACGUUUACAGGAAACAGACGAUCAGGAGCUAAAGACUCAAGUGGAUUUAGGCUGUCAUUUCUAUGUCAAUGCAGAAGUACCAAACACGUCCACCAUAUUUGUAGCACUGGGUUAUGGAUUUUUUGUAGAGCUGACACUUCCUGAGGCACUUGCGUUCAUUGAGAAGAAAAAUAAACUUCUUACGGAGCUCAGUGAAGCCCUCACCAAAGACUCUGUCAAGAUCAAAGCUAAUAUCCGGAUGGUUUUAGAGGGCUUGCGUGAACUCCAAGGCCUUCCGGAUCUGCCUGAAGAGACCAGAAGGGACAUUUUCCUUUGAGAUCAUAUUCACUUCUAACUCAAUGGGAUAGUAUGCUGGAAGAAAAAUUGAUCUCUUGGGCGUUUUGGUGGCAGUAGGAACUGCACUUGUAGCUGGAGAAACCCUUCUGAUUGUGAGGUGAGAUGGCAAUAGCUUGCAAGGUAGAAGUGGAGCAGAGAACAGUUGCUUGUGGGGCAGAAUGGGCUGGUUGAACUCUGUCCUAAUACUCACCUGUUCCUCAGGCACUAUUUCUUAGUGUAACCUGACUACAGUUGUGACAUUAUUAAAGAUCCUUCUCUAAGUCA